AUGCACGAGGUACAAAUCAGUAUAAUAUUGGCUGUAAAUGUUGCAGGUGUGUAUCAAGUGAGCAUAGAUGCAGAGCAGCAGAAGGUGACUAUUUCAGGAAGUGUAGAUUCAGCAACUUUGAUAAAGAAGCUUGUGAAAGCUGGUAAACAUGCCGAAAUUUGGUCAAACAACAACCAAAGUCAAAGUCAAAGUCAAAAUCAAAAUCAGCAAAAUCAGAAAGGUUCUAACACGAAAGAUGACAAGAAAAACAAAACCCAGAAAGACGAUUUCACCAAAAGCCUUGAAUCCAUGAAAAAACAGUCAAAGCUUCAGCCUUUGACCUCCGGAGAAGAUGACGAUCCAUUUGAAGAUGACGAGGAUUUGAGGUUUCUGAAAGGGAAAACAAAUCAAUUGGGGGUUUUGAGGCAGAAUCAGAAACAACAACAAAAACAGCAAGAAUCAAAUGCAAAUUCCGCCAAUAACGCGAGGAAUUCCAAAGCUAAAACUCAACCCAACAAUGGAAGUGGCAAGAAAGUUCAGGUCAAUGUGGGAGGGCAAAAAGGCAAUUUCGAGAAUUUGAAUGAGGGCAAAACGGUAAAUGAGUUGAGCUCCAUAAUGAACAAUCUUGUUGGUGGUGGUGGAGGGUUUGAAACGCCUGAGAACGGUGGAUUUGCAAUGGCUACCGGUGGUCAACAGAUGAUGAACUUUAACAUGAAUGGGCCUGGGCUUGGGCUAGGGUACAACCAGCAGCAGCAAGAGUACAACUCCUCUGCUGCUGCUGCAUCAAUGAUGAUGAACAUGCAAAACAGGCAAGCAAUGUAUCAGAGGUCACCUAUGAUGCCACCAACCACUGGUUAUUACUACUAUAAUUACAAUCCUGCCCCUUACACUUACAGUGAGUCCCCUCAUGGCUACUACUACACUAAUACCAAUGGUGGUGGCAACAUGUUGAGUGAUGAGAAUACAAGCAGUUGUUCAAUCAUGUGA